AUGUCCGAAGAUCACGGCUUCAUAAACAACAACCAUGCGUCAGAAGCACUGCAGAUGAUGGACCAAUUUUUGCGCAACAAGCAACUAUGCGACGUAACUUUAAUUUGCGGCAAGCGUCGUAUGGCUGCGCACAAGCUCGUGCUCAGCUCGCUUUCGUCCUAUUUCGCCGCCAUGUUCACUCACAACCUCUGCGAAAAGGAUCAAGAUGAGGUGGAGAUCAAGGAGGUGAAUCCUGACGCGCUGAUGUGGAUCAUCAGAUAUAUGUACACGAGCCACAUUGAUAUUAGAGAGGAUAACGUCGAAGAUCUUUUGAUCACAGCUCGUCUUCUGCAAAUCGAAAAAAUCGUCUUUGCUUGCUGCGAAUUUCUCCGAAAACAGCUCCACCCUUCAAAUUGCCUCGGCAUCGCGAAGUUCGCCGAAUCCCAAGCUUGUCCGGAACUGUUCUCUGCAUCGCUCGAUUUCAUCAAGAAGAACUCAUUGAAUUUGCUCGGCGAACAAGAAUUUUUGGAAUUAAAGCUCGAAGAUGUUAUUCGUUUGUUGAAAUACGAUGAUUUGGUUGUUCCAAAUGAGGAAAGUGUGUUCCAAAUUGUCACGGCGUGGGUAGAGCACGAUCUUGAUGCGAGAAAAUCAAGUGUUGGAGCACUUCUCGCAACAAUGCGACUCUGCCACAUUUCCGCCGAAUUCCUUGCAGAAACGAUCGAACCCCAUCAUCUCGUACGAGAAAGUUCAUCAGCGCAUGAGAUUGUUAUUGACAUGAUGAAGCUGCAUAUAACCAAAAAACUUGAUCCGAGACAGGAGCCUUCAAGAAAGUCUACUUUAGGUUAUCUAAUGUGUAUCGGCGGAAUGGACAACCAGAAAGGAAUCAAUAACGUUGAGCUUCUGGACCCUCUGGCGCCCGAACAGUGGAGCGAAUGCGGCCAAAUCGUCAAGCACAAGAGAGUUCAGUUCGGUAGCGCCGUGAUUGACAAUAAACUGCUCGUCGUCGGUGGAAGAGAUGGAUAUAAAACCUUGAAUUCGGUCGAGUGCUAUGACUUCGCUACGAAGAGUUGGAAAUCGAUGCCGCCGCUUUCGACGCACAGACACGGCGUUGGCAUCGUUUUGCUCGAUGGCCCUUUGUACGCAGUGGGAGGAAACGACGGCUGGUCAUUUUUAAACACGGUCGAGCGAUGGGAUCCGCAGUUUCGCUCGUGGAAUUUUGUUGCGCCGAUGAAUACGCCGCGGAGCACGCAUGGUGUCGUAGCUUUUAAUUCGAAGAUUUUCGCUGUCGGCGGAAGAGACGUCUCUUCAUGUCUACGAUCUGUGGAAUGCUUCGAUCCGCAUUUUAACCGGUGGACGCAAAUGGCGAAUCUAAACAAGCGGCGGGGAAUGCCAGGCGUAGCGGUCUUUCAAGAUUCGAUUUUCGCCGUGGGUGGGCAUGAUACUCCAGGUGCUCCGAAGCCAGCAGAGUCUGCUGAGAAAUAUUGCUUGGAAACAAAUCAAUGGACAUUGAUAGGUUCGCUGAAGAUUCCAAGAGAAGGAGCAGGCUGUGCGGUUCUUGGAGAUACGCUUUAUGCUGUUGGUGGUUUCGAUGGAAAGAAAUAUCUAAAAUCCAUCGAAUACUUACGCCCAAACGCGUCUGAAGAAGACUGGACUCUGGAAGGAACUCUCCAACAUGCCCGAUCCGCCUGCGCUGUCCUCCAUGUUUCUGAAAAAGUGCAUUUUGCCGACGUCUCAACAUCUGCUGAAAACUCUCGCAAUCCUUCAACCUCCGACUGA